AUGCAUAAUCGCCAGGUUCCAUCUCUGCCCGGUAACGCGUCGCUCAGGGAUCACGACCCUGAGGUGCACCAGCUCAUUCGCAAGGAGAUGCGUCGGCAGAUAGAAGGGCUAGAGCUGAUAGCGUCGGAGAACUUUACUUCCCGCGCGGUGCUCGACUGCCUCGGGUCUAUCCUAACGAACAAAUACGCCGAGGGUCUUCCUGGAAACCGCUACUACGGCGGCACGGAGGUCGUGGAUGAGGUCGAGAACCUGUGCAGGCGGCGUGCACUUGCAGCGUUCGAUCUGAAUGCAUCCAUCUGGGGCGUCAACGUGCAGCUGUACAGCGGCUCACCUGCCAACCUGGCCGUCUACACUGCACUGCUGCGUCCGCAUGACCGCUUGAUGGGCCUCGACCUGCCGGCAGGCGGCCACCUCACCCACGGCUUCCAGACCGCAAGGAAGCGCAUCUCGGCCUCCUCAAUUUUCUUCGAGAGCCUCCCGUACUCCAUCACGCCGGAGGGCCUCAUCGACUACGAUCAGCUAGCGUACCUGGCGAAUGUGUACAAGCCACGACUCAUCAUUGCCGGCGGCUCCGCCUACCCGCGCGACUGGGACUACAAGCGCUACCGUGAAAUCUGUGACAGCGUAGGGGCCUACUUCAUGGUGGACAUGUCCCACUUUUCCGGCCUGGUCGCCGCCCGGGAGCACAACAACCCGUUCGAGUAUGCCGAUGUCGUGACCACCACCACCCACAAGACGCUACGCGGGCCUCGGUCUGGCAUGAUCUUCUUCAAGAGGGAGAUAAAGCAGAACAAGGCCAGCGUGAACGUGGAGGAGGCCAUCAACAACGCCGUCUUCCCUGCGCUGCAGGGCGGCCCACACAUCCACCAGAUUGCCGGUGUGGCUACGCAGCUGAAGGAAGUCGCGUCUCCGGAGUGGCGUGCCUACGCAAAGCAGGUGAAGGCGAACGCCAAGGCCCUUGCUGCUGCCCUGACAGAGAGUGGAGAGGCACUCGUCAGCGGAGGCACCGACAAUCAUCUUCUCCUCUGGAACCUCAACCCGCAUGGCAUCACCGGCUCCAAGGUGGAGAAGCUGCUCGACAUGGCCCACAUCACGGUCAACAAGAACACUAUCGUUGGCGACAAGAGCGCACAGGCACCGUACGGCAUACGCCUUGGCACGCCAGCCCUCACCACGCGCGGCUUCCAGGAGAAGGACUUCAAGCAGGUUGCCCAGUUCCUUAUUCGCUCGGUGCACCUCUCCAAGGAGGUGCAGAAGUCCGCUGGUUCUAUGAAGCUUGCUGAUUUCGUGAAGGCUGCCGAGACCUCGACGGCGUUGCAAGAGAUGGCGGAGGAGGUGAAGGCGUAUGCGCGUCAGUAUCCGUACCCCGGUCUGGAGAGCGCCUAUCCUAUCCAGUAG